AUGGCGUGGGAGAGGCUACCGGGGAGGGGCUGCGGUGUCCUGCACCGCUGUCUGCUCGGCGCUGCUCUGCUGCUCGGCUUGCGGCUCUGCGCGGAGCUGCGGCGCGCCGGGGCCCAGCCCCCGGCCCGCAGCGGCCUGCCGGGCCCGGCCCCCCGACCGCCCGAGCCGCCCCUGCAGCCCGCGCCGGCCCAGCGGCGCGGUGCCAGCCGGAGGCAGGUGACGUACGUGCGCAGCGGGCGUCGAGCGUCGCCGGGGGGCGGCGGGAGCGGGACGCAGGAGCCGGGCUGCUGCCCUCCGCGCGGGCGUCCCCGCCGUAAGGGUCCCCGGUGGCAUAUAGACCUUCAGCCUUGGGCAGGCCCUGCUCGGUCCCUGGAUGAAGAAGCCUUGAGGUUCCUGAGAUACAUCAGCACCAUUCAGAUUGCGUGUGAUCACGUGAGCACAGACAGCCUGGCUACUGACUCCAGCCCUUCAAAAAAGCCCUGGUCUGUCUGUCUUGAUGACAGGUUUGGCUUAGCUCAUCAAAUUCGCAACAAGCAGUGCCGCCUCUAUUCUUUAGGGCUGGGAAGUGAUGAUACCCAUUUUGAGGUCGGCAUGGCCAAUGAUGGAUGUGAAGUGCAUCGUUUUGAUCCUACUGUUAAAUCAGCUCAUGUUCUGGAGAGUGAGCGUUUUUGGUAUCACCGCUUGUCCAUCGACUGGCGGGACUCCCAUCCAGCUGUUGCUGCCCGAAAACCAUAUAGCAAGACCAGAAAACUGAGAACCAUUUUGAAUGAAUUUGGGCAUCACAAGAUUGAUGUUCUCAAAGCAGAUCUGGAAAGUGCAGAAUGGAAAGUUUUGGAAAAUCUUAUUCUGGAAGAUGUCCUUGAACAAAUUGGACAGCUCAUCUUUGAGAUCCAUCUCCACUGGCCCGGGUUUGAGGUCAGUGGCAGUGACAGCAGUGUUGUGCGGUUCUGGUACAGCCUCCUUAAAGAGUUAGAAAUACAGGAUUUCAGGCUUUUUCACAGUUACAAAGAUUUAUCUAAACCUCAGCUAUUCCUGAAGAAAGAUAUUUUCAAUGCGAGUAGCUGUUAUACUCUGAGUUGGGUGAAUACAAGAUGGAAAUAG